UUCUGACAGUUUAAUCGAGCAUGACACUUGUAAAUGAUGAUGAUAAAUAAAAAAGGCAAGAAUGAGUUCGCGUGGACAGUGAAUAAAUGAGUGGCUUCACUUGACUGUGAGCGAAGCCGACAUGGCAUGCAUAAAAGGGGCGGACGGCGAUGCGUACUAAAAAAACAGGCAUCUUUUUUUCACUUCUUUUCUUCUCCUCGCCGCUAGGGCAAUCACAUCAAUCGUCAGACCAGAAAAUGGUGGCGCUGCGACGACGAUGACGCAGUGGCUGCUGUCGGCUCGGCUUCUCACUGUAUGCUCCUUUUCUUCUCGCCGUGUGGCGAUAAUGGUUGUCGAUGCUUAAUCCUCGGUCGCCUCACACCGGUUCCAUGUUCUUGAUUUUUUUUUUAUUUUAUUCCUGGAAUAUAUCUGCGCGGAUCACUGCAAGGCGAAAAAGGAACGAUCUUGGUGGCUCGGGCUGUACUUUUCCUUGCUCGAAUUUCUUAACGCCGUCCUAAUUAUCCGUGAAAUCCCUUCUCGAUUCGAUCCUAGGGUUAUAUUUCCUUGAGGAAAGUUCGUUCCUUUGAAGGAGGGCUUGCAUUCAUUCCAAUCUCUCAUGGUCCUUUCUCCCUGAUUUCGAGUUUUUCCCAGAGAUCUGUGUUGAAUUGACGCAUUUUCUUCUUCAAAUUUCCGACUUUUGGGCCACGAAAUGAGCUAAAGGUGGCUGUGAGCUGAAAUGACGGUUUCAUCCUGCCAUUGUCACUAUCCCCUUGUAUGCUGCUCGAAAUCGUCAGUCCGCCAUGACCUGCCUAACCCACAAUGCGGAGAUGCCCUGCAAGCGUCCGCGAGUCCAGCUCAAGUUCCAGUUACGUCGGAGAAGAAACCUUCUGGGCAGAAGGUUGUGAUUGAACAGAAGAGUGCAGAGGAUGGGAAAUGUGAGAUCUUGCUGAAGAGCAGCCUGAAAACGCUGAAAUCACCAGAUUCAGAAAGGAUCCUAAAGGGCAAUGUUAAAUGGAUGGAUUCCUCAGGAAAGGAACUUGUUGAGGUCAAGGAAUUCGAACCAGCUGAAUCUGAAGAAUCAGAAGACUACACGGAUGACAACAUAGGGUGCGUUUGUGUGAUUCAAUAACGAUGGCUAGUUCCAUACGGGAAGUGUUCCCACAAGAUUAUCAAUCGAAUGAUUGUUUAGCUGUUACAGAAAUAAUUGCUUGAUUUUUUUUUUUUUUGAAUCAUUGGUGUACCUUAUUCAGGGUUGAUUAAACAUCCAAAAUCCAGAUUUCAAGA